CUGACCUUUGAAUAUAACAUAACUUUGCUGUACAUGUAUCAGCACUUUAGUCAUUCUUUGAGAACAGAGUGCUCUUUGAGAAUUCUGUGAGCACAAUGGCGUCCGGCUCCUCAAGUCAGGACCACCAGUUUCCCUCACAUGGAGCUAUCACAAUGCCCUCACCGCUCCCAGAGCCAAUGACACCUCUCACACAGUUCAUUGAUCAACAACAAGCUCCACCACAAACACCUCAGUCCAAUCACCCUCUUUCAAAUGCUCCGGCCUCGAGUCUCAUGCCCCCACCUUCGGCACCUCCCUCACACCAUCCCCACUCUUCUGGUCCCUCCUCCUCUGGCAGCAGUUAUCCUUCACUCGGAAGUCCUGCCUCCCCACAAACACCCAUGUCCACACCAGAAAGCCUGGGCAUCAUCCCACAGCUACAGAACAUUGUGUCGACUGUGGAUCUGGGGUGCAAGCUGAACCUUAAAGAGAUUGCACUACAUGCCAGAAAUGCAGAGUAUAAUCCCAAGCGUUUUGCUGCUGUGAUCAUGAGGAUACGAGACCCACGGACCACUGCACUCGUGUUCAGCUCAGGCAAGAUGGUGUGCACUGGAGCCAAGAGUGUGGCACUGUCGAGACUGGCUGCCAGGAAGUAUGCAAGAAUAAUUCAGAAGCUUGGUUUCCCAGCCCGGUUCACAAGCUUCAAGGUGCAGAACAUGGUAGGCAGCUGUGACGUCAAGUUCCCCAUUCGCCUGGAGGGGUUGGUAGUGAAGCACGGUCAGUUCUCGAGCUACGAACCGGAGCUGUUCCCGGGUCUCAUCUACCGUAUGGUUAGACCCAGGAUUGUGCUACUAAUUUUCGUGUCUGGGAAAGUUGUCCUCACAGGUGCCAAAGAGGAGAGUGAGAUCAUGGAAGCAUUCAACAACAUUUACCCCAUCUUGAAGAAGUUUAAGAAGUCGUAGCCACUGGCUAGAUCACUAAUGACACUUAAUGAACUCCAUUGGGAUAUUACUCUCCAAAUUGCAGCUAUCUUAUUGUUUGUUUGUUGACAUGCCUCUGUUAAUUUAUUACAUGUUUGACUUGUUUCUAUUAUUAUAAUCUCGAAAACUUCAACAA